CCAUUUUCCUGGCAGAUAUCCCCUCUGACGAACCCACCCGCUAUACCCUCAGUUUCCUCGAUCCUGAUGCCUGUGAAUUAGCUCUUUCCUCCGGAAUCACCCUUUCUACACCUUUCAACGAAGUCCAAACCAUCCUAUUGUCCCUCUUCGACAACCAGCUCUCGGCCGGUGACGCAGCAGUCUACUUUAACGGCCUGAAACGACAACCUCAACAAUCCCCCGCCGAGUUCACUCUGGAGCUUAUCCGCUAUGCACGUAUAGUUUACCCCGACAUCCCCAAAUCGGCUCGUGACCGCCUGAUUCUUUAUCAUUUCAUUUCCGGCCUCCGUGACCGUACCGUUACUGUCCAUUUCCUGAUCGAAACCCCACCCGACCUUCCUACCGCCAUCCAGCUAUGUCGUCAGUAUACGGACCACUACAUUGCCCCUGCAUUAGCUCAAUCCUCC